AUGCUUUUUGAUUCAUGCAUUGAUUUUUGUGGAGAUGGCAUUAUCUCUAGCAAGGAAGAAUAAUGUGACGAUGGUAAUUAUUUACCUUAUGAUGGUGGCUAUAAAUGCGAAGUAAAAUGUCAAUAAGGAUGUAAUCUUUGUAAUUUUGAAAUAUUUUAAGAUUAUUAUAAGAAAGGGUGGGUAUUGUCACAUGUAGCUUGCAUUUUCUAUUUGUUGAGAUAGGUAUAUAGUUGA